AUGAAAUGGAGUAGCUUCAUCAGCGUCGCCGGCUGGUCGCAGUACCAAAGCCCGCCUCCCACCACUCGCCGCGUCGGCCACAUACGCUCCCUGUCCAGCAUAACCGGCUCGACGGCCAAGUCUGCCAACGCCGGCGUCAAGUCGGCCUCCAUCUCAGCCAUCCCCAACGUGUCCAGCGAUGACUCUGCCAUAUACCUGAGCACCCCUCAACCCAAGAGGGUGUACUCUUCACAAUCAGCCGACGGCGAUCUCGACCUGAGCACAAUACCCGAUCCUAGGAGUCGGGCAAUGAGCCCGGCCAGCACAGAGAGCGCCAUGAGUCCCUCCCAUCACCCCGACCUUACGGACGAGGUCGCGACACUGAGCACGAAACUUAUCCACGCCAUCAACAACCAGACGACACUAGAUGAUACCCUUUCGCGAACAAGGAUGGAGUUGGAGGAGUCAAGGAAUCAGAUAAGGAAACUAGAGGAACAAAUCGCGCAGCAGAGGGAAAUGUUGGCGGGAGACGUGUGGAUACGACGCAAAACGGCCGACGGCGAAAAGACCAAGCUGCUUUCACGGAUCGCUGAGGAAAAGAGGCUCAAGCAAGAAGUUGAGCAGGAGAAGAAGAAGAUUGAGCAGGAAUUGGAGAACCUGACGGCUGCGCUCUUCGAGGAGGCAAACAAGAUGGUCAUUUCGGCGAAAGAGGAUGCACGAAAAGAGCAAGAGGCUCUGCAGCGAAAGAACGACCAGCUACGGGCGCAGCUGAACGACACCGAGGGACUUCUCAAAUUCCAGCAAGAUCAGCUUGCAGAGCUCAAGCAGGUCAUGGAGCAGAUGAGCGCUGAGCAGGACGACCAGACGGCAGGAACGGCUCCGUCAUCUCCUGGGUUCAGCAAAUUCGACUCUAAAGAUGAAGAGAUGCCAGCGUCACCCGGCGGCACACAGUCGAUUAACCUAGAGCCUGCAACUCCGUCGUGCCCCACGAGUUUCACGCAUCUCCUGCAGCCAGUUCUCCGGACAGACCUUUCCUCUUACGACGAUUUCAUCACGCUGAUAAGGACAGCGAGGAAGCCGGCGAGUCGGCCUCCCUCGGGCACGCACACCGGGCUAGGCGUCCUCGGCAUGGGCCCUAUUGCCAGCGCGAAUGUCGCACCGUCAAAUGGUUCUACGACCUCUCUAUCCACUACUGGAACACCUGCAUCCGCACCAGGAUCUUCGCCGCAGACACCCAAUACACCUGCUUCCACCCUGAGCAAUGGGUCGUUCUCAUCGGCACCGCUGCCGCCUUUGAAGGACACCAAGUUCUACAAGCGUGCCUUGGCUGAAGAUGUCGAACCAACUUUGCGCCUAGACAUCGCCCCAGGACUGUCAUGGCUUGCCCGACGAUCGGUUCUGAGUGCUAUGUGUGAUGGGACACUUGUGGUUGAACCUGUCCCUACCACGGGCCCCUUCGCAAACAUUACCAAGCCGCAGCUCUAUCCUUGUUCGCUUUGCGGUGAGCAACGCAAGGACGAGCAGCACCUACGGACGCAUCGAUUCCGCACGAGCGAAAACGAGUCGGCUCAGCGCUAUCCGCUCUGCAAGUACUGCCUCGGUCGCGUCCGAUCGACCUGUGACUUCCUUGGUUUCUUGAGGAUAGUCAAAGAUGGUCACUGGAGAGCUGAUGAUGCAGAUGCUGAGAAGGCAGCAUGGGAAGAGAGCGUGAGGUUACGAGAGCAGAUGUUCUGGAGUCGCAUUGGCGGUGGUGUCAUCCCCGCAACCCAUGUAGCUCAUGCGACUGCCAACGGUUCAAGUAGCAGUACGGGCGAGAAGAGUCCUCGCUUGAGCCAAGAGUCUUCGCAGGGUAAAUCGGAAGAGACUCUACAGCAAGAGAAAGAGGAGACGCCAAACGAGGAAGAUAGGGAAGAGGAGGUGUUUGCUACGCCGUCAGAAGAGGCUCACUCUGAAAUCUUGAGUGUCUCGCCGGACAUCGAGACCUCGUCCGAGAAGACACUCCAAGCAGCAGCUGAAAUACCCAUGCCUGAGAGCAACCGCAAUUCGACACAGUCGCUCGCCUCGGACUGUGAGAAGCCAAAAAGGCUCUCGAUCAACAUCCCAGGCUUUCCCUGA